ACACACACACACACACACUCAACUUCAGCCCUUCAACUUGAUGAAGUUUCCCCUCUAAACUUUACAUUCAGCGCGGAUCAGCCCUCCGUUCAGCAGCAUGGCUCUGACCAGCAAGCGGUGGAUUCUGUGCGUCGUUUCGCUCUCAUGUGUCGUCCGUCUCGGGUGUGGCAGAAGAAACAGACAAGCAGAUGGAGCACUACCUGAGCACUUCAUCUUCAAUGAGCUGUGCGCCCUUAAGGACGAACCAGGGCCUUGCAAGGCCAUUAAGGACAGAUUCUUCUUCAAUGUCGACACGGGACGCUGUGAGCUGUUUGAAUACGGGGGCUGCGGGGGAAACGCCAACAAUUUCGAGACCUUGGAAGCAUGUGAGGAGAUGUGUGUUGUCUCAGAUGACAAGAACCCGUGUCAUUUAGCCGAGGCUCCAGGUCCUUGUCGAGGGCUGGUGACGCGCUACUUCUUUGACACCAAGAGUCAGCGGUGCAAGCAUUUCUUUUACGGUGGCUGUUUUGGCAAUGCCAACAAUUUCAGGAGCAUGGCGGAGUGCCAGACCAAAUGUCAGAACCCAGUAAAAUCCACCAGUGGUCCAGAGGUCCACACACAGUCAGCGAGAAAAUCUGUUGUUGUGCAGCCAACCAUAGUAACUGGGGAACUGACUGUAAGCGAACCUCAGGUGCAGCUGAACGACACUAAUCAAGACGCAAGAGAGCUGAAGCCUAAAGAGGUGUGCUUCAGUCCUAUCGACAGAGGGACGUGUCACGGUGUAGAGAAGAGGUUUGCGUACAACCCUGAGACCAGGAGGUGCCAGAUGUUUCACUACAGUGGAUGUGGGGGCAACAGGAAUAACUUCCCAGACCGGAAAAAGUGUUUUAAAAAGUGCAUUGGAAGAAAGGCUCAUGGGAUUAAGGUGAUCCGGAUAAGGAGGAAAAACUUAGGCAGCAUUGUUCAUCGCUCAGUCUGAACACUUGGCUCUGCAUUAGGUUCUGCACUGCUGUGGAUUCACCUGUAUUUAUGUUCUAUAUUUUAUUUGUAGCUUUACUCAUACUGGUGUUUUGUAGUGCAACGUUACCUGUGUAAAAAUAACCUGUAGUGACUGAAUCAUGAUCCUCAUUGUUUCAAUGUCUCACUGACAAAAAACAGAUUUGUUUUUCUGUUGUUUCGCAGCUUUCUGCACUGAUGUAAUAUCAGUUAUUCUUUAUACAGUGCUGUGUUAUGAUCAUACUGAUAUAAAUAUUUUACUGUAACCUUUAAGAAAAACACCAAAGUUAUGAUCUGUUUUUAUCUUCAGCAGCUAAAUGUUUGUGUGCACUGUGUAUUUACAGGAACUGAUGCUUUUCUACACUGGUUCUGGUGAAGCUUCACUAUUGUUUAUCAAUGUGAAUAACAGCAUUAGCAGAUUGAAGUGAACGAUCCUUGUUCCAGGAUCAGUGACAACAAUAUACAGAAUGUUCUCAAACAUUAAUCCAGAGGCCGUGUCCUCGCUGCAUAAAUCAACCAAGAAGUAAUGAAUGUUUUAUUUUUGUCAGAUUAAGCAUGAACAUUUUUUCUUUUCAUUUUAAUCAAUAUUAUGCAGCUCAAUAAAUCACUCUCAUGGUAUUGUUGGUGUUGUUGGAGGGGGGGAACAGAAGGGGGCAGUGUUGUGUAAGGUAAGUUUUCAGUCGCUCUGCACUGUGUUUGCUUCACUGUGUUAUGCUGUAAAGAUGUUCUAGAAUAAAUCCUCAGGAUCUCCUGCCCUCAGGUUUCACCUGUG